AUAACAAUAUCAAAAGAUAAAAACAGAGUUUGCUUUUAUAAGAUCAAAGAAGGUAAAAAAAGAAAUGGCAAAAUGGAGUGCGAUCGUAUUGAUAAUGAUGGUGAUGAUUGUUGCGGUCACAAUAGAAGCACAAGAAGAAAGUGGUGGGACUAUUUGUUUUCGCCAAUGUUCUCAGCCUUGUCGCAGUGACGACGGUAGUUGCUAUGAAAACUGUAAAAUCGAAUGCGGUGGUCCCAAGCCUCCCUUAUCUCGUCUACGAAGCUCACAUGCAUGAGAUGGCAUCAUCAAUGGAAGUUCGCGGAAGGAUAGGAUGAUAAAAAGAGAUUUGUAGCGGAUUUUUGAUCAUCUCUACUGUUUUUAACUUCACGUUUUAUAUUAUAAGAGUUUCAUUAAAAAGAUCAAUAAAACGAGAAAAUGUGGAAACAAACCUUGAGUUAAUUUUUCUAUCAAAAA